AUGUCAUCUUCAGAUGUAAACCUAGAAAAAUACAGAAUUCCACUCGAGGAGAUCCUUCUUGUCACAAGAGACUUCAGUCCAGAAACUCUCAUCGGAGAUGGUGGAUUCGGUAUGGUACACAAAGGAGAACUCUCUAAAGACGGGCAAACACACACAGUAGCCAUCAAACGUCUCAAUAAAGAUGGUUAUCAAGGAAACAACGAGUUUCGUAAUGAACUUAAGAUGGUUUCCAGUUUCCAUCAUCCAAACAUCAUCACUUUCAUUGGCUACUGUGACGAGGCCAAUGAGAUGAUCCUAGUUUACGAAUAUGCAAAGAAUGGAAGCCUUGAUCAUCAUCUCCAAAAGCCAGAAAAGAUGCGUAGCUUAACAUGGGCACAACGUUUAAAGAUUUGCUUAGGUGCAGCAAAAGGGCUCGAGUAUCUUCACUCAGGUCUUGGGGAGCACAAUAGAGUAAUUCACAGAGAUGUGAAGAGUGGAAAUAUUCUAUUAGAUGAGAAUCUUGAAGCCAAAAUCUGUGAUUUUGGUUUGUCAAAAUUUGGUGCAAGAAAUCAGGAAGAUACUCAAGUUCACACAAAGGUUGCGGGUACAAGGUAUUACAUGGAUCCACUUUACGCUGAAAGAAGCAGACUUAAGAAAGAGUCAGACGUGUACUCAUUUGGAGUGGUUAUGUUUGAAAUGUCGAGUGGGACAUUGGUAUUUCAUCCAAAGUACUUUGGAGAUAAUAUUAACCCACAAUUUCUCCUUGAUGUGGUCCGAAGCUGCUAUGAUGAUGACAAAAAGGCUACUGGAGCAGAUAAAUUAAUUGAUCCUCUUGUAGGAGAUCAUAUUGAUAUGAAGUCUUUUCAUGUAUUUAACAAAAUUGCACAUGAGUGCAUUAGCCUGAAGUUAGAGGAACGACCGACGAUGGAUCGGAUCAUCCGGAGGAUUCAGCGAGCACUUCAUAUUACUCAAUUAAACGACCACGAAUUAGCAUCCACCAUUACCACACGAAGCUUGGAAAGUUUUCUAAUUCCACUGGAGGAUAUCAACUUGGCAACCAAAAACUUCAAUCACGAAACACUUAUUCGGGACUUUUAUUAUGGUGCAGUCCACCGAGGACAGCUCAUUAGCCGAUGGCAAAACCAGACCAUGGCCAUUACCCGUUUUUAUCCAAAAAACUUCCACACCGAGGACCAAUUCUAUAAGGAGCUUCGGAUAAUUUCCAGUUUUCACCAUCAAAAUAUCUCCACUUUCAUUGGUUAUUGUGACGAAUCCAAUGAGAGAAUUAUAGUUCAUGAACAUGCAUUCAACGGAAGCCUUGCAAAUUAUAUCAAAAACUUUAGGACGACGUGUAACCUAACAUGGGCACAACGCCUGAAGAUUUGCAUAGGAGCAGCAAGAGGACUCCAGUCCCUUCAAUUGGCUCUUGGGGAAGAUAACGAAGCAACUCAAGGGAACAUUAACUGCGAAAACAUACUGUUAGAUGAAACUAUGGAAGCCAAAGUUUCUUUUUUUGGUUUCUCAAAACAAGGCCCACCAGAGAGGGGACACGACCGGAACAUAGGAGACAUAUCUAAACUAUAUAAAUCAAACAUGUACUCAUUUGGCACAAUAAUGUAUGAAAUAUUGAGCGGAUACCGUGCUAUUGAACUGCUAAACUUUGGUCAACCAGGGAAGCUAAUGGAUGCAUUUCAGGAGUAUUACCAGAACAAUGAACUCGACCAAUUCAUUGAUUGGGGUAUAAGAAAUGAAAUUGAUAGCCGCUGUUUGAAUAUAUUUAAAGAAAUUGCAUAUCAAUGCAUAAUGAGAGACAAUCAGAAGCCACGAACUAUAAUAGCCUCACAUCAAAGGAUGCGUCCACGUCCGCAUGCAAUCUUUACCAUGGACUAUGUCGUUGAGAGGCUUGAGGAUGCAGGAGAUUUCCAAGGAAUUGAAAUGUAAAUGGCUAAAAAGUGAUGACACAUGGUUAUUGUCGAUGGUUAAGAUGGAGGUUCAUCAUUUUGUCCUAGCCAUAUACAUUUAUUUCAUGUUGUUUAUCUUCUUUAUGAUUAUUCUCAUUUGAACACAUGUUUUUUUUUCUUUUCAUCAGAUUGUAUCUAUGUAAUUGUUCAUACCCAUAUACAUUUAUUUUAUGAUGGC